AUGGCACAAUUAGCGCUACUGCAGGAUCCAGAUUUUGAGCAGCUACAUAAGCAAAUCACUCAAGCACAUGGGGCCAUGCGAAGAGGAGUUGAUGAAGAGUACGAUCAAGCGGUAUGGGAUGACUAUGGCAUACCUCUCGCAGAGACCCUGAAUUUCGAAUGGUCCAUCCCUGAAUAUCGACCAGAAAUCGAUGCUCAACAAAACUUCCGGCGCAAUAAGUUUGUGGUUGCCAAAGAAGUGGGCUACGUGACGCCGAUUUCAAACCCAGCCAUGCUUCAAAGUAUCAGCACGAAGCUCAAUAAUGCCGCUCAUUUGGCAUAUAAGUGUGGGUUUCGCUAUGUCAAAAACCUCGCCCGUGGCGGUUACGGAAUGGCAGUCCUUCUCGAGUUCAAACAUCAAAAUGGCGAAUGGGGCCCGUACGUGCUCAAGAUUGGACUUCAGGGGGAGCAACGUGACCAUGCGGUCAUGAAAGAACUGGCACGCGCAAAACAUAUUGUGCAACGAGUAUCUGCUCGCGAGCUUAACGAACAAAACGGUCGAAAUAUUCAACCAGGAGCUCGGCCGGCCGACGACCCGCAACAGCCCCUCGAUGCGGCCGAGCCUUGCGAAGAGCCAUACGAGCAGGAUUUGUACGAUUUCGACACCGACGAGAGCUUGAUCUUGAUGGAAUACUGUCGACACGGUGAUCUUGGCCGAGCAAUCGUAAGAAGCAACUUGGAUGCCGAGAAGGCCGGAAAUACGGGCAGUCGAACGUCGGAGCCUAUACUCUGGCGCCUCUUUAAAUGCCUGAACAAGAGCGUUAUUGGUCUCGCAUAUCCCCCGAUACAUCAGCCCAGGCCAGGCGACCUCAGAGCUUAUGGAGUUCCGAUCACCGAGACAAUACCUCCAGCGGGUGAACGAACGUUCAUGAACUUCGUUCACUUCGAUAUCGACCCUUCGAACGUGUUCGUCGGAGAGCUCGAUCAAAGUGUACACAGUGAAGUCCCACUAUUCAAGCUGGCAGAUUUCGGCACCACCAUGCAAGUUGAUGAGGAAUUUGAGAACGAUGCCGAGCAACUUUGGAAGGCGCGUCUGCUCGGGAAGCUAGGGCACAUGGCCCCCGAGCAAUGGUCACCUCAUUGGGACCUUGUGACUCUAAACCCUCGGGAUGACGAUAUUCAAGUAGCAGGGUGUUAUGGAUGCCUUACUAAUGUUUAUCAGAUCGCCACCGUCAUGUUCAGCGCCAUCGUCGGUAAGGGCGUUCCUCAGCCGCCCAUCGCCAAGCUAUUCCAAGUACCUGUUGCCGGCCCCAAUGGCGACGAGACGGAAAGCCGGUAUACCCUUGGCUGGGAGCUUUUAGAGCUGGAAAAUUACGACAGUCUCAGCUUGGAACUCAGGGAACUCAUAGUUGACUGCUUGAGUCUCGAUCCUCGUCAUCGACCAGGACCAGAUCAGCUGUCGGAAGUUAUCGAUCAGGGCAUACGAGACCACCCGAUGACAGACAAAGACCGUGAGACUGUCAAGACGACAUACCUCGACGGCAAAGAUUGGAAAAGCAAACCAAUGCCAUGGACUCCCAAAGAAAACAUCGACCCUAAUAAGAUGGAUGAAGAGGAGAUCAUCGAGGAAGAAGAAAAGGACCCCAAAGGCAAACGCAAGGCCGAAACCGAGAAAGAGCUCCCAGCUUCAAAGAAGCCUAAGCAUACCCCGGAUCCGUAA